GUCUCUUUAUAGAUAGAGAUAUUAAAAAAAACAAAUUGGCAGAAAUUAAAUUCCCCCUAUGUCUAUGAUCAGUUUAUGAACUUGGCCAUAGUAACCGAUCUCGGAAGCAAAUCCAACACAGAGAAACCGAAGAAGAAGAAGUACAAAUACAGAGUCAAAUGCUCCUUCUUCAUUUCGAUUCUCUUCCAGUUUUUGCCCUCAGAUUUUGAAUCUUCUCUUCUCUCACUCUUCUAUCUCGUGGAUUGAGAUGGAGAGCUUACCCACGACGGUUCCCUCCAAAUCAGAACGACGAGCUCGUUCCUCCAAGUUUUCUCAGAGUUCCUCUAAGCCUUCGGUUAUAAUGGCUUUCUUCUCUUGCGUCGCUUGGCUCUACGUCGCUGGCAGGUUAUGGCAAGAUGCAGAGAAUAGAGUGGUACUCAAUAAUAUACUUAAGAAGAGUUAUGAUCAGAAGCCUAAGGUUCUUACGGUGGAUGACAAGCUUAUGGUCCUAGGAUGCAAAGAUCUUGAGAGGAGAAUUGUUGAAACUGAAAUGGAGUUGACUCUGGCUAAGAGUCAAGGCUAUCUUAAGAACUUAAAAAGUGGUUCGUCUUCAGGGAAGAAAUUACUUGCUGUGAUUGGAGUGUAUUCAGGCUUUGGUAGUCAUCUGAGGCGUAAUACAUUUCGAGGGUCUUAUAUGCCACAAGGUGAUGCUUUGAGGAAACUUGAGGAAAGAGGAAUUGUCAUACGUUUUGUGAUUGGUCGAAGUCCAAAUCGAGGUGAUAGCUUAGAUCGAAAAAUCGACGAGGAAAAUCAAGCAAGAAAAGAUUUUUUGAUUCUUGAGAAUCAUGAGGAGGCCCAAGAAGAGCUAGCCAAGAAAGUGAAGUUCUUCUUUAGUGCUGCUGUUCAAAACUGGGAUGCAGAGUUUUACAUCAAAGUUGAUGACAAUAUUGACUUAGAUCUUGAGGGGUUGAUUGGCCUUCUUGAAAGUCGGCGUGGUCAAGAUGCUGCUUACAUUGGGUGUAUGAAGUCUGGUGAAGUGGUUGCUGAAGAGGGAGGGAAAUGGUAUGAGCCAGAAUGGUGGAAAUUUGGGGACGAAAAAUCGUACUUCCGUCAUGCAGCUGGUUCGCUGUUAAUACUAUCCAAAACUUUGGCUCAGUAUGUAAACAUAAACAGUGGAUCAUUGAAGACAUAUGCAUUUGAUGAUACCUCUAUAGGAUCUUGGAUGAUUGGUGUUCAGGCAACUUAUAUAGACGACAAUCGCCUUUGCUGCAGCAGCAUCAGACAAGACAAGGUGUGUUCUGUGGCUUGAGCAAAGCAGUCUCUUCCAACAAAACACUCGUAUAUUCAUAGCGCUUCUGAGGCAGGUUCUUGGACUGUUAAGAUUUUAGAAUCAGUUUAUCAGUAGCCAAUUACGUAUAAUAUAGGGCAUACUCAUGAAGUUUAGUCAGCCUAGCUGUGAAAAAACAAAACUUCCAAGUUAUUAUUGACCAAAUAUAGUAAGUUAUUACUGACCAAAUUCAGUCCCGGCUUCGAACUAUAAGUUUUGAGUGAUGGAGUAAUUUACUUGGAACUUUUAAUGAUAAAUACUCAAUACUUUUUCUUACUCUCUGGUUUCGUCGCUUCUGAUUAUUGCCAAACUCACGGCA